AUGGCAGAUUCAUUUUCCAAGAUCUCCUCGAUGUUGGAGUCUGCUCGGGACUUCACCAUUGAGGCUGCAGUGUCAGCUUCAACCAGGCUAGUGGACACUCCCAGCUCAAUGAGGCCCAAGGAAAUCUCCAAGCUCUUGAACUCACGUUCAGACAGAGAUAUCCUCUCGGGAAUGCGGUGUGUGAUCUCGUUGAUAUCGCGAGGCGAGGACGGCCAGAUGUACUUUGCGGACGUAGUGAAGAACGUCACAACUUCCAACCAGAAGAUCAAGAACCUCGUGUUGACCUACUUGAUCCGGUACGCAGAAACAGAGCCAGACACCGCCCUCUUGUCGAUCAAUUCGAUCCAGAAGUCGCUCAACGACAAGGACCCCAUCAACAGGGCUAAGGCCAUCCGGUCGUUGGCAGGAAUCCGCAUCCAGACUAUCGUGCCCAUCUUGCUUCUCUGCAUCAAGAGAACCAUCUCCGACCCUUCGCCCAUUGUGCGAGCAGCUACAGCAAUAUCGCUCGGAAAGGUCUAUGACAUGGACAACUCCACCAAGAAACAGGUCAUGGAUUAUCUUUCCAAGUUGUUGGCGGACAGCGAGCCCCAGGUGGUGACCUCUGCCAUCAAGACUUACUACAAGAUGAAAGAGAAUCUAGGCGACGGCAACAAGAAGUGGGACCCUAUCCACGGCAACUUCCGUCGGUUCUGUGGCAUUGUCAGGGAGUUGGAUGAGUGGGCACAGUCUUUCUUGAUCGAGUUAUUAACGGAAUACUCUAGAAAGUUCUUGCCCAGACCCAAGUUGUACUUGAAGGACUCAUCGAACCAAGUGAUCGACUUGCCAGAGAACUGGAAACUCAUUCCAUUCCCAAUCUAUGAUAUCACUUUCGAUAAGGAUCUCGAGUUGUUCUUGGACUCCUUGAAGUUGUUGGUGUAUUCUGCAUCCGAAAACGUCAUUUUGAGCAUAGCCAAAGCAUUAUACUCGUUGGCCCCACCACUGUCCUUCAGAUCGUUACAAGUCAACUCAGCAUUGGUGAGAAUUGCCACUUCUUCCAAGAAGCACAUCUCCUAUUUUGCCUUACAACUCAUUUCAAGCAUAGCAGAACAAGAUUCAGGGUUGUUUGAUCAGUCAUUCAAGAAAUUUUAUGUCUAUCCCACAGACUCCCUAACGGUGGCUAAAAGUAAGCUUGAGAUUCUCUCAUUGUUAGUCAAUGAUAAUAACCACAAAUACAUCGUGGAGGAACUAAAGUACUACGCGGCGCACUCGAAAAACGUCCAGAUAUCAAAGGAGGCGUUUAAAGCUAUCGGAAAGUGUUCCCAGAUUGCGCCCGAAAAAAUCUUAAGUUGGUGUUUGAAGCAGGUCAAAAAUAGAACAGGUCCUAUUUUGAAUGAAUUACUUACAGUAAUCCGAUACUCAAUUCAGGAGAAAAGUAAUCUGACAACAAACAUAGCCAAUCAAAAGGAAGAAAUUAUCCAAACUACCUACAAACUUUCACUAAUUUUGCAGGAUAGAACUUUUGGAUUAGAAGGUGAGGCAAAAGCAAGCAUAAUUUGGUUUAUAGGAGAGUUUACUGAUGCUGCUAAUAAUACAAUCGGGCCAGAUGUUUUGCGAUUGCUCAUUAGAGGAUUUGCAACCGAACCAGAGGUGGUGAGAUAUCAGAUUCUAGUCUUGGCCGCCAAAUCGUUUUCGUACGAGUUGAAUCGUAUCAAGAAGGAAUACCCCGAUGAUGAAAUCGACCAACUAGUAAAUGAAAACAUAGUUUGUUUGAUGUUUCAGCAUAUCUUGCAAUUAUCAAAAUAUGACGCCUCUUAUGACACCAGAGAUAGGGCUCGAAUGUUGAAUGUUUUGUUGAACACUGGCAGCGAACAGGCGCAAUUGGCGUCUUUGUUCUUGCAAGUGCCCAAACCCGCACCAUUUGUCAAUUCUUUGAGUGAGACUAGUAGCCACAACAAGAAUUUGACCAAGUACCUCGAGGUUAGUGAUUGGAGCAACCCCGAAGACCUCCCCCCAGCAAGCGUUAGAAAAGAAACAAAGGUGCAGGUGAAUAAGCUUGGUACUUCCGGGGUAUCAUCAGUCUCCUCAGGCUUUGGUAACGGUACUAAGUCACCCGUGCCAAGUUCAUCCCAUGCAAUUUCUUCUGCAAGCUUCAACAGCAACGAGAAGCCAAAGUUCACAGGUAAACAAACCUACCAACUACAGAGUUUGGAUGACUUCUUUGGGAGUGAUGAAGAGGAAGAGGAGGAGGAAGAGGAAGAUGAAGAGGAACAAGAAGCGGAUGGGGCGGAAUCUGAAACAGAAAGUAGCUUUGAAAGUUCAUCAGGCGAGUCCAGCUCUGACGAAUCCGUUAAUCCAGAUGCCGAAAACGGGUCAGCCCAAGAGGAAGACUCGGACGCGGAUAGUAGGAAAAGCUUCCUUGCCAGAAAUUAA